AAGUUGACAAACAGAUCAGUCGCAGCCCUGACGUAGCUGUGUCUAAUUGUAUAUACAAAGAGACGAGACCCCUUACCUUGGCCUUCCACAACAUUACGUAUGUUCGAGUUUCUCAUUGUUCUCAAUAAAAGGAAAUGUCUGGACGGAUGAGAAUAGUGGUGGUAGUGGCAAAUCUAGCCGUGCUCUGCCUCCCCACCAACCACACCCUUGCUGCCUCAGAGGGCGAUUUCCGGAUGCCCUCACCAUGGGCCUGGCGGUGCGUGUCUGGCCGGUGCGUGAAGGAGGACAGCUCGGGGCAGGUGGGACUAACGACCUUCAACAUGUGCAAGUUGACCUGCAGCACGGAGGGCAUGCUGUGGCCCCGCCCUGUCAGUGCUAUCAUCGGAGACCAGGUGACUCCUUUCUUACCCUGGAUGAUGAGAUUACAACCAAUAUGUCAAGGGGAAGUGUGCAAUUUGCUGCGUGAAGCUUAUGACAUCUUCACGGAUAUCCUUCACCGUUACCACCCACACUAUGCCAAUGGGAAAGCACCGUGGACUGGCCCUUGGGACGCUACCACGGAGCUUCAAGUCCUCCAGCUGGACGUGACAGUGGCUAGUAAUGACACCAUUCUCACCCUUGACACUGAUGAGUCAUACGAUUUGACGGUGACCAUUGGCACUGACUUGAUUUCCGUGAUCGUAAUUGCUCCCACUUACUUCGGAGCGAGGCAUGCGCUGGAGACGCUCUCCCAACUUGUGGAAUACCAUGAGACUGCCGACGCCCUCAUGAUCGUGCCUGCCAUGGUGUCGGACGGACCUGCCUUUCCCUAUCGUGGACUACUGCUGGAUACGUCAAGGAACUUUGUGAGUGUGGGAGCCCUUGAACGUACACUGGAUGCCAUGGCUGCCUGUAAGCUGAACACACUUCAUUGGCACAUCACCGAUUCCCAUUCCUUCCCGCUGUUCCUUGAUUCCCUACCCAACAUGGCCUACUAUGGUGCCUACUCUGCCAGGCAGGUGUACACGCCCGCUCAAGUGCGUAACUUGAUGAAAUAUGCUCAAGUACGGGGUGUGCGACUGUUGCCUGAGCUGGACGCACCGGCGCACGUGGGCAAUGGUUGGCAGUGGGGUGACAAGGAGGGACUGGGACAACUAGCCGUUUGUGUGAACCAGGAGCCCUGGCAAAGUUAUUGUGUGGAACCGCCAUGUGGACAGCUUAACCUAGCCAACCCUAAUAUGUACGACGUCUUGGGUCAAAUUUAUAAAGAACUGGUGCAGCUUUUCUCUCCUCUGGAGCUGUUUCACUUCGGGGGUGAUGAGGUUAACCUCAACUGCUGGAACACAACUGAAGAGAUCUUCAACUUUAUGGUGGACAAUGGAUAUGGGACGAAUGAGUCAGACUACUACCACCAGUGGGCGGUGUUCCAAGGGCGCGCCCUUGAGCUGCUACACGAGGCGGCAGGUGGCAGGGAUGUGCCUGGAGUUUUGUGGACUUCCCACCUAACUAAGCCAGAAUAUCUGGAAUAUCUCAACCCUUCCCAGUACAUUAUUCAGAUCUGGACAAAGAAGAACGACUCGUCCAUUAAUAACCUUCUCUCUCGUGGCUAUAGAGUUAUCUUCAGUAAUUAUGAUGCCUGGUACCUGGACUGUGGAAUGGGGGCUUGGGUCGGUGAGGGAAAUAACUGGUGCAGCCCGUACAAGGGUUGGCAGACUGUUUACGAUAACAGUCCACAUGACAUUGCCUUUACAGAAACCGGUUCUCCCCAUACAGACUUAAUCCUAGGGGGAGAGGCAGCCCUCUGGACAGAACAGGUUGAUGAUGCCACAAUUGACUCUAAGUUGUGGCCUCGUGGCGCUGCCAUCGCAGAAAGACUGUGGACCAACCCAGUGACCAAUUGGAAAGCUGCUGAAAUUAGAUUCAUCAACCAUCGUCAACGAAUGGUUCAGCGCGGUAUGCAGGCGGAGCGCAUCCAGCCUCAGUGGUGCCACCAAAACGAGGGUCUCUGCUACCUAAGCGAGCCUCUACUAGGGUGUGGAGGAACAUAAAAUGCUAACGAAGCCCGAGCACACUUAUAAAAAAGGUUUCUUUUCUUCGCGGCUGGGUUGUUAAGUCUUGCCUUUCUUUUUUCCUGUGGGCUAUUUCUAUAAUCUCAAGAAUAGUGAUAUUCUCUUCUUCCCCAUACGCGGCUCAUGGGCAGUCAAUGCACGCCAGUACAUGAUGCGAUUGACUCUUUGUUGAGUUUGCAACACCUGAGCAAAGAGAUUUAUUAGUAGGAAAAAGACAGAUGGCUUCCGGUGUCAGCCAACCACCAACUGGGACGCUCCUCUACCUUCUCUCCACCCUUCCCCCUCUCUCUCUCUCUCUCUCUCUUUCAACUUCUACAAACUUAUUUUUUGUCGUGAUUAAUUCGAUUAAUCGAAUUAUUACAGAAACGAAAUACGUACUUUCUUUAUAUCUAGUUUCUAUGUAUAAGUAUAUAGAAAAUAAUAAAAAUAAAUGUAUGAUCCUUC